AUGUAUCCAUCUAUCUUUCUAUCAAUCUAUCUAUCUGUAUCUAUUGGUUUAUAUCUAUCUAUGUAUCCACGUAUGUAUGUAUGUAUUUAUGUAUCUAUUUAUAAUCGAUCUCUUGAUCUAAAUCGGUUCAUACCGAUCUAUCUAUCUAUCUAUCUAUCUAUCUAUCUAUCUAUCUAUCUAUCUAUCUAUCUAUCUAUUUCAGUUGGUUCAUAUCUAUAUAUGUAUGUAUGUAUGUGUGUAUCGAUCUACCUGUAUCUAUCACCUCAUGUCUAUCUAUGUAUCUAUGUAUGUAUGCAUGUACGUAUGUAUGUAUGUAUGUAUGUAUGUAUGUAUCUAUCUAUCUAUCUAUCUAUCUAUCUAUCUAUUGAUCUUAAUUGGUUCAUAUCUAUCUAUCUAUCUAUCUAUCUAUUUCAGUUGGUUCAUAUGUAUGUAUGUAUGUAUGUAUGUAUGUAUGUAUGUAUGUAUGUAUCUGUAUCUAUCGGCUCAUAUCUAUCUAUGUAUCCAUGUAUGUAUGCAUGCAUGUAUGUAUGUAUCUAUCUAUCUAUCUUUAUCUAUCUAUUGAUCUUAAUCGGUUCCUAUCUAUCUAUCUAUCUAUCUAUCUAA